AUGUUACCUGGCUCUGAGGUGGGAAGCGAUGCAGACGAUAUUCUUGCAGCCACUGCUUCGACGAACCCCUCUACACCUCCCACAUCGACAAUAUCGCUGGCAGAUGUCCUCCGCGUUCGAAUGAUGCUUCAAAGCCUGCUCCCCAUCGAGCUCAUUGAAGUCAUCCUCCACGAUGCUGAAUAUUACUCCGUUGUGUCUCGCUCUACGGUGCCUCGCAAUUUCACGGACAGUGAUAUCGAGCUCUUCGCCAUAAUCUUGAACGAACGUCAGGGUCACUGCAUCCAGGAAGUGUCCGUCCUUAUUCGUGGCCAUGACCAAGGGUGGAGUUCGUAUCCACAAGAUCGUGGCACCUACCGGAACUCAUGGACAUGGUAUACCCUUGCGACGUUGAACCCCCACGAUCGCAAUGGACCGCGUCUCGCUACGAAUCGCCACGCCGAUCGUGACACUCAGACACAUGAAUUUCGCUGGGGACGACGCUCACAACUCGUGCAGGAUAUCAAGGGAACAAGGAUGGUUGCGUUGUGGGCGCAUGCUCGGUAUCCAGGAUGGCAAAACUUCGUUGAAGAGGCCAGGCUUGUUGUUGCGUUGUACCCGCGUCCCUCUUGA